UCGAUUACAGCAAGUGGGACCACAUCGGCUCCAGCAGCGACGAGGAGGAGGAGGGCGAGGACACGAAGCCGAAAGGAGAUUUACCAGGGAGUGGCUCAUCCUGCGGCGGAGGUCUUUCGGAAUUCAAGGAGGAGAUUUGGCGUGGUCGGCAGGAGGUAUUGAGGCGGUGGAAUUCUCACAUGCAGGCGGUUACACAGAGCGCGGGGGGGAUAGGGGGAAUGGGAGCUCAGGAAGCACCGGGGAAGCCUCAAGUGCUGUGUCGGGCGGACAUGGUUCAUUACCUGGACGUGCAUGGCUGGUGGGACGCGGCUGAGUGCGAGUGCUGCUUCAACCAAGUGCUUAGUCUUGGAGCACAGCGGGCUCUUACCAUGCAGAGCCUUGACCUCUUCCAAUCGCUCCUGCAUGUGGAGCAGCCUCGCACCACCCCCCUUGCACACCUGGACGUGGUCAACAGGGGCGUGCUGGAGUAUUCCUUUGAAGUGCCAGCGUUUGGGAAGCAAGAGGAGGAGGAGGAGCCUCUUGCGCAGUUCAUGUGCAAGUGCACUCUUGCCCCGUUCGUCUGUGAGGAAGUGAUGCUGCUCGAGUGGAUGGCUGAGCCUCGUGUGGGCGUGCUCAUGGACCUGGAGAGAAUCAGAUCCCGCCUGCCUGCAAGUUUGACCAUUCCUGCCGCUGGUGCUGCUGCUGUUGAUUCCGCACCGUGGUCCUCCUUGGUGGCCCAGCUGGGGGCGGGCAGGCAGGAGGAGCAGGACCAUGCUGCGUCCAUGCUGGUGCAGGUGCUGGGGGUGAAGGAGAGUGCUGAUCUGCAGGAAGGGUUUGGUUUCUUCGUGCAGCAUGUGCUGUCAGGCUGGCUGGGAAAGGAGCACGCGGAGGGGAGGGGGGUAGGCGGGGGAAAGACCGGUGAGAAGGCGUCACAUGGGGUUGAUUCUGGGAAGCACGGAGGUGGGGAGGAGACAGCGAAUAUGGUAGAGGUCAAAGGGGUUGCUAGCAGGUGCGGGAGGGAUAGGAAGGACUUGAAGUGGAGGGAGCAUUUGAAGGGGCGUGUGUGGGAGAGGUAUGUGGACGGCAUGGCUUGGAUUCUGGAGCAUGGAGGAGGGGACGGGAGGGAGUUCCGGUGCAGCCACUGCAGUGAGGGGGACAGCAGCAGCCGCAGCAGCAGCAGCAGCAUCAGCAUCAGGAGUGACAGCAGCAGCGGCAGCAGCAGCACCGGUAGCAGGAAUAGUGGCAGGGGUAUUCCCAAGGGCAUGUAUGUGAGUGGCGUGGGUGCCACUGACUUCGCCCUGGCAGUCGCCUCAGUGCUCUCCAGGCCGGAGCACCGCAGUCUGGGAGCCAUGUUCUUCGCAGGGGCCAAUAGCACCAGCAGCAACAGCAUGGUGGAAGAUGCUGCCAUCACGGAGGCCAGGGGGAGGCUCACACAGCAGGGGCUGGCAUCAGGGAUGAAAGGGGCAGGGGCAAGAGGAGGAGGACUCAGGACAGCAGCAGCAGCGGCACCAACGAAAGGGCGUCGAGCUUCAAAGGCGGCUGCUGCCUCAGCCCGAGGCAGACCAACCCUCAGCAGCAGCAGUGGAUCAACCGGCAGCGGUGGCACGUUCAACUCUUGUACCAAAGGAUCCCGUGAGACUUGCCUCGUGCCUGUCAAGACAUUCCCUGCUCUUGGGCUGCUCACGUAUCGGGUUGCCUGCAUCUUGCAGUGGCUUCGGGUCUAUGGCUCAGAUUUCAUCUCCGCCAAGAGCUGCUUCAAGGACAGGCCGCAGGGCAAGGUCCUGCCCAUGCGCCACCCGCUUCGGGAUCUUCCGAGCCUACUGGUCAGGUUCGGUGCUGUUCCCGAGCCUUUGGAUGGAAGCAGCCGCCUUCCGGAGUGGGAGGAGUGGCCCGAGGGAGAUGAAGCUGCUAUGAAAUUUCCUGACGACUCAAGUGCCAGAUGUUUUGGCCUGGGCAGGGCGGAUGGCAGGCGGGAUCGCAGGAACAGAGGGCAUGCGGCAGCACCAGCAGCUGUUCGGAAAGCUCCCACCAAAGGUGUCUCGCUCGGGGCUGAAACGCGUCCGAUGGUGCGGUGCAGGGCAGACGUGGACUUGAUACUGGAGUUCGCCAGUGUGCUCUUCGUGCCACCGGCAUGUGCCAACUGCAGCCGCUGCAUCACCAUCUACACCUCCCACGUCCCCGUCGUCGCUUUCAUCGCCACCUACGCCUUCCGCCCUGCUGCCGCCCUCGUCCACCGCUUCGUCUCUGUCUUCCCGCCGCACACGGAUGAGUAUCGCAACAUUUUCACCGGCCUGCGGCUGGAUGCUCCGUAUGGCUGCGUGCGUGCGCUGCAGGAAGGGGUGGAGGAGGUACCCAUCCUCUUCCUGCUCACCCUUGCCCUUCACCACUCCACGGCUCUCCUCCCGCAAAGUGGGGCUGAAGGGGAGGGGAAUUCCAAGGCUGAUGGGGCCGGCAAUGGGGCGAACGACAAGGCGGGCAGGAGGGGUGCUAGGAAUGGGGACAGUGGAGAGGGAGGGGAGGGUGGAGAAAGUGGGAGGGGUGAGGGUGAUCGUGGGGAUGUGUGGGAGGAGGUGCAGUCGUGGUUCGAGGUGGCAAUGCUGCCUGCUGCAAGUACGGGGGCUGGCAGGCCCGCGUGCAGUGGCAGCCAGUCAAGGGAGUAUGGUACGAGCGAGCAUGCAGAGACGGUGAUGCAGGUGUCUGAGUGGUCUGCCUUGCCCAGGUUCCGUGAAGACAUGAAGCACCAGGAUGGCCCUGCCAUUGCCCUUGCUAGUAUCUGCAGCAAGCGGAAGGGCAACAAGGGGGAGGAGGCGGCUUAUUUGAAGGCAUGGCCGGGGGGAGUCAAUCUGGUGGCAUGUCUGCGAGAGAUGCUGCUGGGGGAGCCCGUUGCUGCAAGAGCCGUUUCUAACACGAAACCCAAUUCAAACGCACAAGGCUCCGGUCCUCUGUCUUUAGGGGGGCGUGCGUGUGGUGCUGCGGGGUGUGUAACGGCGGAGGGUGGCGGAGUGAAGCUGAGGAGGUGCAGUGGGUGUGGCAAGAUGGCGUAUUGCAGCAGAGAGUGCCAAAAGGCACACUGGCCCUCCCACAAGCUCACAUGCCCUGGCAGGACAAGCAGGACGAGGAGUGGGAAGAACAGUAGCAAGGUGAGUGGUAAGGUGAGUGGUAAGGUGAGUGGUAAGGUGAGUGGUAACGUGAGUGGUAAGGUGAGUGGUAAGGUGAGUGGUAAGGUGAGUGGUAAGGUGAGUGGUAAGGUGAGUGGUAAGGUGAGUGGUAAGGUGAGUGGCAAGGUGAGUGGUAAGGUGAGUGGUAAGGUGAGUGGUAAGGUGAGUGGUAAGGUGAGUGGUAAGGUGAGUGGUAAGGUGAGUGGUAAGGUGAGUGGUAAGGUGAGUGGUAAGGUGAGUGGUAAGGUGAGUGGUAAGGUGAGUGGUAAGGUGAGUGGCAAGGUGAGUGGCAAGGUGAGUGGCAAGGUGAGUGGCAAGGUGAGUGGCAAGGUGAGUGGCAAGGUGAGUGGUAAGGUGAGUGGUAAGGUGAGUGGUAAGGUGAGUGGCAAGGUGAGUGGCAAGGUGAGUGGCAAGGUGAGUGGCAAGGUGAGUGGUAAGGUGAGUGGUAAGGUGAGUGGUAAGGUGAGUGGUAAGGUGAGUGGUAAGGUGAGUGGUAAGGUGAGUGGUAAGGUGAGUGGCAAGGUGAGUGGCAAGGUGAGUGGCAAGGUGAAUGGCAAGGUGAGUGGUAAGGUGAGUGGUAAGGUGAGUGGUAAGGUGAGUGGUAAGGUGAGUGGUAAGGUGAGUGGUAAGGUGAGUGGCAAGGUGAGUGGCAAGGUGAGUGGCAAGGUGAGUGGCAAGGUGAGUGGCAAGGUGAGUGGCAAGGUGAGUGGCAAGGUGAGUGGUAAGGUGAGUGGUAAGGUGAGUGGUAAGGUGAGUGGUAAGGUGAGUGGCAAGGUGAGUGGCAAGGUGAGUGGCAAGGUGAGUGGCAAGGUGAGUGGUAAGGUGAGUGGUAAGGUGAGUGGUAAGGUGAGUGGUAAGGUGAGUGGUAAGGUGAGUGGUAAGGUGAGUGGCAAGGUGAGUGGCAAGGUGAGUGGCAAGGUGAGUGGCAAGGUGAGUGGCAAGGUGAGUGGCAAGGUGAGUGGCAAGGUGAGUGGCAAGGUGAGUGGUAAGGUGAGUGGUAAGGUGAGUGGUAAGGUGAGUGGUAAGGUGAGUGGUAAGGUGAGUGGUAAGGUGAGUGGUAAGGUGAGUGGCAAGGUGAGUGGCAAGGUGAGUGGUAAGGUGAGUGGUAAGGUGAGUGGUAAGGUGAGUGGUAAGGUGAGUGGUAAGGUGAGUGGCAAGGUGAGUGGCAAGGUGAGUGGCAAGGUGAGUGGCAAGGUGAGUGGCAAGGUGAGUGGUAAGGUGAGUGGUAAGGUGAGUGGUAAGGUGAGUGGUAAGGUGAGUGGUAAGGUGAGUGGUAAGGUGAGUGGUAAGGUGAGUGGUAAGGUGAGUGGUAAGGUGAGUGGUAAGGUGAGUGGCAAGGUGAGUGGUAAGGUGAGUGGUAAGGUGAGUGGUAAGGUGAGUGGUAAGGUGAGUGGUAAGGUGAGUGGUAAGGUGAGUGGUAAGGUGAGUGGUAAGGUGAGUGGCAAGGUGAGUGGCAAGGUGAGUGGCAAGGUGAGUGGCAAGGUGAGUGGCAAGGUGAGUGGCAAGGUGAGUGGCAAGGUGAGUGGUAAGGUGAGUGGCAAGGUGAGUGGUAAGGUGAGUGGUAAGGUGAGUGGUAAGGUGAGUGGUAAGGUGAGUGGUAAGGUGAGUGGUAAGGUGAGUGGUAAGGUGAGUGGUAAGGUGAGUGGUAAGGUGAGUGGUAAGGUGAGUGGCAAGGUGAGUGGUAAGGUGAGUGAUAAGGUGAGUGGUGAGGUGAGUGGUGAGGUGAGUGGUAAGGUGAGUGGUAAGGUGAGUGGUAAGGUGAGUGGUAAGGUGAGUGGCAAGGUGAGUGGCAAGGUGAGUGGUAAGGUGAGUGGUAAGGUGAUUGGCAAGGUGAGUGGUAAGGUGAGUGGUAAGGUGAGUGGCAAGGUGAGUGGUAAGGUGAGUGGUAAGGUGAGUGGUGAGGUGAGUGGUGAGGUGAGUGGUGAGGUGAGUGGUAAGGUGAGUGGCAAGGUGAGUGGUAAGGUGAGUGAUGAGGUGAGUGGUGAGGUGAGUGGUGAGGUGAGUGGUGAGGUGAGUGGUGAGGUGAGUGGUAAGGUGAGUGGUAAGGUGAGUGAUGAGGUGAGUGAUGAGGUGAGUGGUAAGGUAAGUGGUAAGGUGAGUGGUAAGGUGAGUGGUAAGGUGAGUGGUAAGGUGAGUGGCAAGGUGAGUGGCAAGGUGCAAGGUGAGUGCAAGGUGAGUGGCAAGGUGAGUGGUAAGGUGAGUGGCAAGGUGAGUGGCAAGGUGAGUGGCAAGGUGAGUGGCAAGGUGAGUGGCAAGGUGAGUGGCAAGGUGAGUGGUAAGGUGAGUGGCAAGGUGAGUGGUAAGGUGAGUGGCAAGGUGAGUGGCAAGGUGAGUGGUAAGGUGAGUGGCAAGGUUAGUGGUAAGGUGAGUGGUAAGGUGAGUGGUAAGGUGAGUGGUAAGGUGAGUGGUAAGGUGAGUGGUAAGGUGAGUGGUAAGGUGAGUGGUAAGGUGAGUGGUAAGGUGAGUGGUAAGGUGAGUGGCAAGGUGAGUGGCAAGGUGAGUGGCAAGGUGAGUGGUAAGGUGAGUGGUAAGGUGAGUGGUAAGGUGAGUGGCAAGGUGAGUGGCAAGGUGAGCGGUAAGGUGAGUGGUAAGGUGAGUGGUAAGGUGAGUGGUAAGCUGAGUGGUAAGGUGAGUGGCAAGGUGAGUGGCAAGGUGAGCGGUAAGGUGAGUGGCAAGGUGAGUGGUAAGGUGAGUGGUGAGGUGAGUGGUAAGGUGAGUGGUAAGGUGAGUGGUGAGGUGAGUGGUGAGGUGAGUGGUGAGGUGAGUGGUAAGGUGAGUGAUGAGGUGAGUUGUGAGGUGAGUGGUGAGGUGAGUGGUAAGGUGAGUGGUAAGGUGAGUGGUAAGGUGAGUGGCAAGGUGAGUGGUAAGGUGAGUGGUAAGGUGAGUGGUAAGGUGAGUGAUGAGGUGAGUGGUGAGGUGAGUGGUGAGGUGAGUGGUAAGGUAAGUGGUAAGGUGAGUGGUAAGGUGAGUGGUAAGGUGAGUGGUAAGGUGAGUGGCAAGGUGAGUGGCAAGGUGAGUGGUAAGGUGAGUGGUAAGGUGAGUGGCAAGGUGAGUGGCAAGGUGAGUGGUAAGGUGAGUGGUAAGGUGAGUGGCAAGGUGAGUGGUAAGGUGAGUGGUAAGGUGAGUGGUAAGGUGAGUGGUAAGGUGAGUGGUAAGGUGAGUGGUAAGGUGAGUGGUAAGGUGAGUGGCAAGGUGAGUGGCAAGGUGAGUGGCAAGGUGAGUGGCAAGGUGAGUGGCAAGGUGAGUGGUAAGGUGAGUGGUAAGGUGAGUGGCAAGGUGAGUGGUAAGGUGAGUGGCAAGGUGAGUGGUAAGGUGAGUGGUAAGGUGAGUGGUAAGGUGAGUGGUAAGGUGAGUGGUAAGGUGAGUGGUAAGGUGAGUGGCAAGGUGAGUGGCAAGGUGAGUGGUAAGGUGAGUGGCAAGGUGAGUGGCAAGGUGAGUGGUGAGGUGAGUGGUAAGGUGAGUGGCAAGGUGAGUGGUAAGGUGAGUGAUGAGGUGAGUGGUAAGGUGAGUGGCAAGGUGAGUGGUAAGGUGAGUGGCAAGGUGAGUGGUAAGGUGAGUGGCAAGGUGAGUGGUAAGGUGAGUGGCAAGGUGAGUGGCAAGGUGAGUGGCAAGGUGAGUGGUAAGGUGAGUGGCAAGGUGAGUGAUGAGGUGAGUGGUAAGGUGAGUGGCAAGGUGAGUGGUAAGGUGAGUGGUAAGGUGAGUGGUAAGGUGAGUGAUGAGGUGAGUGGUAAGGUGAGUGGUAAGGUAAGUGGUAAGGUGAGUGGCAAGGUGAGUGGUAAGGUGAGUGGUAAGGUGAGUGGUAAGGUGAGUGGCAAGGUGAGUGGUAAGGUGAGCGGUAAGGUGAGUGGUAAGGUGAGUGGUAAGGUGAGUCGUAAGGUGAGUGGCAAGGUGAGUCGUAAGGUGAGUGGCAAGGUGAGUGGCAAGGUGAGUGGUAAGGUGAGUGGUAAGGUGAGUGGUGAGGUGAGUGGUAAGGUGAGUGGCAAGGUGAGUGGUAAGGUGAGUGGUAAGGUGAGUGGUAAGGUGAGUGAUGAGGUGAGUGGUGAGGUGAGUGGUGAGAUGAGUGGUAAGGUAAGUGGUAAGGUGAGUGGUAAGGUGAGUGGUAAGGUGAGUGGUAAGGUGAGUGGCAAGGUGAGUGGUAAGGUGAGUGGUAAGGUGAGUGGCAAGGUGAGUGGCAAGGUGAGUGGUAAGGUGAGUGGUAAGGUGAGUGGCAAGGUGAGUGGUAAGGUGAGUGGCAAGGUGAGUGGCAAGGUGAGUGGUAAGGUGAGUGGUAAGGUGAGUGGUAAGGUGAGUGGUAAGGUGAGUGGUAAGGUGAGUGCUGAGGUGAGUGGUAAGGUGAGUGGUAAGGUGAGUGGUAAGGUGAGUGGUAAGGUGAGUGGUAAGGUGAGUGGUAAGGUGAGUGGUAAGGUGAGUGGCAAGGUGAGUGGUAAGGUGAGUGGCAAGGUGAGUGGCAAGGUGAGUGGUAAGGUGAGUGGUAAGGUGAGUGGCAAGGUGAGUGGUAAGGUGAGUGGUAAGGUGAGUGGCAAGGUGAGUGGUAAGGUGAGUGGUAAGGUGAGUGGUAAGGUGAGUGGUAAGGUGAGUGGUAAGGUGAGUGGUAAGGUGAGUGGCAAGGUGAGUGGUAAGGUGAGUGGCAAGGUGAGUGGCAAGGUGAGUGGUGAGGUGAGUGGUAAGGUGAGUGGCAAGGUGAGUGGUAAGGUGAGUGGUAAGGUGAGUGGUAAGGUGAGUGAUGAGGUGGGUGGUAAGGUGAGUGGCAAGGUGAGUGGUAAGGUGAGUGGCAAGGUGAGUGGUAAGGUGAGUGGCAAGGUGAGUGGUAAGGUGAGUGGCAAGGUGAGUGGCAAGGUGAGUGGCAAGGUGAGUGGUAAGGUGAGUGGCAAGGUGAGUGAUGAGGUGAGUGGUAAGGUGAGUGGCAAGGUGAGUGGUAAGGUGAGUGGUAAGGUGAGUGGUAAGGUGAGUGCUGAGGUGAGUGAUGAGGUGAGUGGUAAGGUGAGUGGCAAGGUGAGUGGUAAGGUGAGUGGUAAGGUGAGUGGUAAGGUGAGUGGUAAGGUGAGUGGUAAGGUGAGUGGUAAGGUGAGUGGCAAGGUGAGUGGUAAGGUGAGUGGCAAGGUGAGUGGCAAGGUGAGUGGUGAGGUGAGUGGUAAGGUGAGUGGCAAGGUGAGUGGUAAGGUGAGUGGUAAGGUGAGUGGUAAGGUGAGUGAUGAGGUGAGUGGUAAGGUGAGUGGCAAGGUGAGUGGUAAGGUGAGUGGUAAGGUGAGUGGUAAGGUGAGUGGUAAGGUGAGUGGUAAGGUGAGUGGCAAGGUGAGUGGUAAGGUGAGUGGCAAGGUGAGUGGUAAGGUGAGUGGCAAGGUGAGUGGCAAGGUGAGUGGCAAGGUGAGUGGUAAGGUGAGUGGCAAGGUGAGUGAUGAGGUGAGUGGUAAGGUGAGUGGCAAGGUGAGUGGUAAGGUGAGUGGUAAGGUGAGUGGUAAGGUGAGUGAUGAGGUGAGUGGUAAGGUGAGUGGUAAGGUAAGUGGUAAGGUGAGUGGCAAGGUGAGUGGUAAGGUGAGUGGUAAGGUGAGUGGUAAGGUGAGUGGCAAGGUGAGUGGCAAGGUGAGCGGUAAGGUGAGUGGUAAGGUGAGUGGUAAGGUGAGUGGUAAGGUGAGUGGCAAGGUGAGUGGCAAGGUGAGUGGUAAGGUGAGUGGUAAGGUGAGUGGCAAGGUGAGUGGUAAGGUGAGUGAUGAGGUGAGUGGUAAGGUGAGUGGUAAGGUGAGUGAUGAGGUGAGUGGUGAGGUGAGUGGUAAGGUGAGUGAUGAGGUGAGUGGUGAGGUGAGUGGUAAUUUGAGUGGUAAGGUGAGUGGUAAGGUGAGUGGCAAGGUGAGUGGUAAGGUGAGUGGUAAGGUGAGUGGUAAGGUGAGUGAUGAGGUGAGUGGUGAGGUGAGUGGUGAGGUGAGUGGUAAGGUAAGUGGUAAGGUGAGUGGUAAGGUGAGUGGUAAGGUGAGUGGUAAGGUGAGUGGCAAGGUGACUGGUAAGGUGAGUGGUAAGGUGAGUGGCAAGGUGAGUGGCAAGGUGAGUGGUAAGGUGAGUGGUAAGGUGAGUGGCAAGGUGAGUGGUAAGGUGAGUGGUAAGGUGAGUGGCAAGGUGAGUGGUAAGGUGAGUGGUAAGGUGAGUGGUAAGGUGAGUGGUAAGGUGAGUGGUAAGGUGUGUGGUAAGGUGAGUGGUAAGGUGAGUGGCAAGGUGAGUGGUAAGGUGAGUGGUAAGGUGAGUGGUAAGGUGAGUGGUCAGGUGAGUGGUAAGGUGAGUGGCAAGGUGAGUGGCAAGGUGAGUGGUAAGGUGAGUGGUAAGGUGAGUGGUGAGGUGGGUAAGUAA